GCGGCGCUCGCGGUGGGAGCUGCGCUGCGGCCACGCGGUCUCCCGAGCUCGCUGCAAACGCGGGUGCACGGCACAAUGUCGCAACCGUCCCCCCGGGCCAAGCCGUCCAGCCCUAGUAAUCCCAGAGUCUUCUUUGACGUAGACGUCGGAGGGGAGCGAGUUGGCCGAAUUGUCUUAGAAUUGUUUGCAGAUAUUGUACCCAAAACUGCAGAAAAUUUCCGUGCAUUAUGUACUGGAGAAAAAGGCACUGGAUCCACCACUGGGAAACCUCUCCAUUUCAAGGGAUGCCCUUUCCAUCGAAUUAUUAAGAAAUUUAUGAUUCAGGGUGGAGACUUUUCAAAUCAGAAUGGGACAGGUGGAGAAAGUAUUUAUGGUGAAAAAUUUGAAGAUGAAAAUUUCCAUUAUAAGCAUGAUCAGGAGGGUUUGUUGAGCAUGGCAAAUGCCGGCCCUAAUACGAAUGGUUCUCAGUUCUUUAUCACAACAGUUCCAACUCCUCAUCUGGAUGGGAAACAUGUGGUAUUUGGUCAAGUAAUUAAAGGAAUGGGUGUGGCAAGAAUACUGGAAAAUGUAGACGUGAAUGGUGAAAAGCCUGCCAAAUUGUGCGUUAUUGCAGAAUGCGGAGAACUGAAGGAAGGGGAUGAUUGGGGAAUAUUCCCCAAAGAUGGUUCUGGUGACAAUUAUCCAGAUUUCCCUGAGGAUGCAGAUAUAGAUCUAAAAGAUGUAGAUAAAAUCUUAUUAAUAGCAGAAGACUUGAAAAACAUUGGAAAUACAUUUUUCAAAUCUCAGAACUGGGAGAUGGCCAUUCAAAAAUAUACAAAAGUUUUAAGGUAUGUGGAAGGUUCAAAGGCUGUUAUUGAGAAAGCAGAUAGACCAAAGCUGCAACCUGUAGCUUUAAGCUGUGUGCUGAAUAUUGGUGCUUGUAAACUGAAGAUGUCAAAUUGGCAGGGAGCAAUAGACAGUUGUUUGGAGGCUCUUAAAGUAGACCCAUCAAAUACCAAAGCACUGUACCGUAAAGCUCAAGGAUGGCAAGGAUUAAAAGAAUAUGAUCAAGCACUGGCUGACCUUAAGAAAGCUCAGGAGAUAGCACCAGAAGAUAAGGCUAUCCAAGUGGAAUUGCUGAAAGUCAAACAAAAGAUAAAGGCACAGAAAGAUAAAGAGAAAGCAGCAUAUGCAAAAAUGUUUGCUUAAUAAGGAAUUCAGUUUGCCUAAAUACAUACACUGAU